ACGCGAAAUGAGUUUCUAAUAAAGUACUCCAUCUCCCAACAGUACUUUGGCUUCAUCGCCUGUCAUUCUGCCUUACAUCGGCAGGUUGUCGAUGGUUCCCCGCUAUUUCUGUGAGAUGCUGCCUAAAAACGCACCUUCUGAUUCUCCCCGUCCAGCAUCCGCCAAGACGCCGAGGAGGAAGAACGACACCUGCGGUGGAAAUGUGGCGUAGUGCGGGUUGACUGCAUCUGCUUGAGAGUGACUGCAGGCUUCAAAAUGUCCCUGCCACUGGCUGUCCUGGUGGUCCUCACUGUGCUGGAGGUUGGAGCCCCCCAUGCUGGACCUGAGGUGGAUCCGUACAUCACCUUAGGAGUCACCAGGAGUGCAAGCCAGGCUGAGAUUAAGAAAGUGUACAAGCGCCUGGCCAAAGAAUGGCAUCCUGACAAAAACAAAAAUCCGGGUGCUGAGGACAUGUUUAUCAGGAUUACCAAAUCAUAUGAGCUUUUAUCCAGCGAGGACAAACGUGCCAACUACGACCGCUACGGGCAGACCGAUGACACGCAGCCGUACGGCCGCUACAAUCACCGCCAUGACAACUUCAACUUCGAGGAGUCCUUCUUCAACUUCCCUUUCAACAGCAGGAACCAGCGGGAAUUUUCCGACGACAAGUACUUGCUGCACUUCAACCAGUACGUGGGCGACGUGGUGCCCGACAGCUUCAGAAGGCCGUACCUGAUCAAGAUCACCUCCGACUGGUGCUUCAACUGCAUCCACAUUGAGCCCGUGUGGAAGGAGGUGGUGCAGGAGAUGGAGACGCUAGGCGUGGGAAUCGGCGUGGUGGACGUGAGCUAUGAGAGGCGUCUGGCCAAUCACCUGGGGGCCCAUCGCACGCCGUCCAUCCUCGGCGUCAUCAAUGGCAAAGUGACGUUUUUCCAUUAUGCUGUAGCCAAGGAGCACCUGAGGCAGUUUGUGGAAGACCUUCUUCCUCAGAGACUCGUGGAGUGGGUCAGCGACAAGAACGACCAGCAGUUCUUGAACAGCUGGCACCAACUCAACAAGCCACAUGUGCUGCUCUUUGACCAAGUGUCCGUGGUUCCUUUACUUUACAAGCUGACGGCGUUUGCGUACAAGGAGUACUUGCAGUUCGGCUACGUGGAUCAGGGCCUGUCCGAGACGGCCAAUCUGCAAAGACAGUUCAAUAUCAACACCUAUGCUCCCACCAUGUUGGUUUUCAAAGAGAACACAGACAAGCCUGCUGACAUCAUCCAGACUAAAGGAAUGAAAAAGCAAAUAAUCGAUGAGUUCAUGUCCAACAACAAGUUCCUCCUGGCGCCGAGGCUGGUGAAUCAGAAGCUCUUUGACGAGCUCUGUCCUGUCAAGCAGUUCCACAGACGCAGGAAAUACUGCGUGCUGCUGAUCACGGGCGACGACGAGAGUUUUUCUUUAGGCAACCGAGCCUUCCUGUCUUUCGCCUCGAGCAACGCCAAAGAAGUCGUGAGAUUCGCUUAUGUUUACCAACACGUACAGCAACCGCUUUGUAACGCCCUGAUGAGCAGCAAGGACAGCACACAGCCACCACAGGUGGUGAUCCUGGAGAGGCGCAAUGCUGCCGGAAAGGUUUUUUUCAAGCCGGUGAGCAGUUGGAACGGCAGCGAAGAGGACAAGCAGCGUCUUGUGGAGGAGUUGGAGCGACUCCAGAAGGACCCGUCCAUUCUAAUCCACGAUGCCAUGCUGCCUGAGCUCAACAAUGAGUUUGCAUCUAUGUUUAUCAUCCAGUGGAUUUAUGCUUUUUAUGAUUACCUCUCUGAAGUCAUGGAUGACAUCCUGCACAACAACUGGCGCGAGAUGAUGCCCCUCCUGUCUCUCAUCUUCUCGGCCUUGUUCAUCCUAUUUGGAACUGUGGUCAUCCAAGCAUUCAGCGACUCAAGUGACGACAAACGGCCAAAAGCGAAAGAUGGACCUAAAACGGAAAAUGUGUCGCCGGGGAAUGCAACAAGUCGGCCACCCAAGAAGAGUUUUGUGGAGGUGACGGAGUUGACAGACAUCACCUACAUAAGUAAUCUAGUGAGGCUGCGGCCAGGACACAUGAACAUCGUGCUGGUGCUCACGGAUGCCUCCAAGAACAUCCUGCUCAGCAAGUUUGCCAAAGAGGUGUACUCGUUCACAGGAAGCCUGACGCUGCAUUUCUCCUUCCUGAAUACGGACAAGCACAGCGAGUGGAUGAGCACGCUGCUAGAAAGCGUGCAGGACGGCGUGCAAAUCGACGCCAGCGAGGACGAUGGCGGCGGAAACCACAAGAUGGACUACACCGGCUACGUGUUGGCGCUCAACGGCAACAGAAAGUACUUUUGCAUCUUUAAGCCCGUCUACACCGGGGAAGACCCGGCCAACAAGGCUUUGGAGGACAACGGGACGACUUCGUCGGUGCGGCGGUCUAGGUCGGCGUCGCGCGACGAUCACCCUACACGCAAGUCGGCCCGCUCUCGCAGCACUCCCACCCUACAGAUCCACCACAAGCUGGACGGCUUGGGUUUGUGGAUGGAGAGGCUCAUGGAGGGUACCUUGCCUCGCUGCUCCAUCCCCGCCUGGCCAGGACUUGACAAGAUCACUCCCAUUAAAUAGACAGGAGCACGUUAGGAGUACAGUAUUUCAAAAAAGUGAGUCUCACAUUUUAGCAGGCACCGUUUUUACUGUAUAUAUUUUUAAGGAACAAUAACUUGGAUAUACAGUCGUCCCUCGUUUAUCACUGUUAAUUGGUGAGCGCAAUAUAUGAAUUUCCGCCGAAUAGGAAUCCAUUCAUCCAAUUUCUACCGCUUGUCCCUUUUGGGGUCGCUGAAGCCUAUCUCAGCUGCACAUGGUCGGAAGGCGGGGUACACCCUGGACGAGUCGCCACCUCAUCGCAGGGCCAACACAGAUAGACAGACAACAUUCACACACUAGGGCCAAUUUAGUGUUGCCAAUCAACCUAUCCCCAGGUGCAUGUCUUUGGAGGUGGGAGGAAGCCGGAGUACCCGGAGGGAACUCACGCAGUCACGGAAAGAACAUGCAAACUCCACACAGAAAGAUCCCGAGCCCGGGAUUGAACUCAGGACCUCCGUAUUGUGAGGCAGACGCACUAACCCCUCUACCACUGUGCUAAUUAUAACAAAUCAAAUAUUUUCAUAGCUAGAUGAUACAAAACCUCUUUACGACCUUCUUAAUAUAUUUUGCAACAUUAUGAAAGCCCUUUAGACAUGAAAUAAUACACUUUAGUCACCGUAACACUCUUAAUUAAACAUAGUAAUGCUUCCUGAGGCUGAGCCAAUCAGUGGCCACGAUACUGAACAGCGUGAUCUGAUUGGUUUAGUCUCUGCUAGUGGAAAAUACUACUGUAUUAUUGAUAUUUUUAGUUUAUUUAGUCAUUUUUAUGCUUGAAAAUGCUUAAUUUCGGACAAAACACAUUAACAAUAUGCUUUGCUAUAUAUACAUACACAUGUAUAUAUACACACUUGUGUAUAUACUGUAUAUGGAUAUACAAUAUAUGUAUAUAUACUGUAGAUAAAUACACACAGAGUAUAUUUAAAGGUGCCAUAUGUAAUAAUGUGGCCAGAAAUUGUACUACAAUCCCCGUCAAAAUUCUGUAGUGCCCUCCCACUCUCCCUGACUGAGGUUGCCAGAUAUGCAGCUGAAUCCAGCUCGAUUGACUAGGCUACUCCAAGGAACUUCAAACUUCCACUGCCUCUUACCAGGGGUUGAGGUGCUGGGACCGUAAUAGCUGAAUAGACAAGCGUUUUGUCAAUAACAAAUCUCUAACCAACACAUUUUACACAGAAUUAAGCUAUUUUCAGGAAGAAGUACGUCAUGCCUACGUACAAUAUCACAACAAAUGGCAAUCAAAUGGUUAUUGCAGGCAUGUGAUUUUUCCGUCUAUAGUCGGAAAUCUGUCUUUUUUAUCUCUGUAAAAAUAUAAAAAAAUAUUUUCCGUUUUUCUUCAUUUUUUCCGACCUACAAUGUGUGUUAAAAUCUUGAUCCGUCUCUUUGCCACACUUGCCAACAACUACGGUUUUCCCUUAAGGAGUACAGUUUUUGAUAAUCCAGUGGUAAAAACUACGGUUUUCCAUAAAAAAUUAACUUACAAAUCGAAGCUACGUAGCGAAGCAAUCAUCACUGAUUAUUAGUUGGUUUACAUAUAAGAACAUCUAUGAUUGGUUGGUGGUUUACUAUGAUGAGGCAAGAUAGGGUGGGUCAUCAAACCAGGAAGGGAAAUCACAGCAUAUCUUAAAUGACGACGAUAGUCGGAGAGGAGAAGAGUGAAUGUUCAAGCGGGCGAUUUAUAUAUUUAAAAAACUAGUGGAUGAUGGCAGAGGGAUUCUCUUCUUUAGAUUUUUCUUUUAGCGACGUCCAGGAAACCCACAAUGCGUCUACUUGGCCACAUUUGGACAAAUGUAUGCGUCUGGAUAAAACAAUGCCCAAAACAUUCAUUUUAGUUGUUUACCAUGUAAGCCCAAAUCAAAACUGCUCUCGACAUGGAAGACGGGGAAUACACAUUUAAGAACACAGGUCCAGGCACCUGUGUUCUUAAAGCCCUGGACCUGUGGCCCCCAGACCUACAGUUGUUUUUCAGUCUUUUUCAUAAAGUUCAAAUCACAUGCCUGUUAUUGUCAGUACUAUCAGAAAACAAAGACUAAAACAAACUACAACAAACGCUAGCAAUGGUUAUAUUGGUGAAAAUAAGUAGAGCAUGCUUAGCAGCCUAAUGUACGCCCAAAACUAAAGAGGAGACAUUUUACCAAGGUAUGCCUAUAGGCUGCACGAAUAACGAAUUAUUUUAUCAUGUGAUUUGGCUGUCUCCAUACCUUUCACACUGCCAUGAUGACAGCCGUGCUAAUGUUGGAACCUAUUUCCUCAGCGUGUCAGCAUAUUGAGAACGAAAUAUGCACUGGCACUACCCAUAUCCACAUAGGUUUUAUUUGUCGGAAAAAUAUUUUGGCUGUCAGUUCGAAUACACACCAACAUACAGGCUAACGGGCAUAUAUGUCAUUGACCAGGCUAGCAUGCUAAGCAAUACACUAGGAGCUAAGCACCUCACACUAAGCAACCGUUGCACGAACAUACUAGCUUUGUUAGACAAGAUUGUAGACUGUAUUGGACAAUAAAGUUUACAUACGAAAUGACCAUUUCCAUUCAUUACAAGUAAUACGAAAACGUAAAUGCCUGACUUGCCUAUCAAGGAGGAAAUUAGCAAGUUUGGCGUGAGAUGAUAAAAUCUUCUCCGCCUUUAAUCGUCUUCUUAUUUCAAAGACUUCCCCGAUACAAAUCCUCGUUUUGUCAUGAAUAAGUUGAGAAUCAUUACGACGCCUUUUAGAUUUACAAAGGUCUGACUUGUUUAGUAACUUUACCAGUGGCAGUAGCCAGACGAAGAGGGCGGUGCGUAACUGGCAACCUGGAGGAGACACACUCACGGACUUUCUAAUUGGUCAAACGGUGGAGGGCGGGACAUCGAAAUGAAAACAAUAACAAGAUUUCGGGGCUGUAAAUCUAAUUUUGAAAAGAGCAUAUCCCGGCCUACUACUGUUACCAGUUAUAAAGGUAUUCGAAAAGAACAUGAUUUAUUAAUGCAUUUUGACAUAUCAGGGCCAUUUGAUGAUGACUUGACAUGAAAUGAUUACAUAUGAAUCCUUUAAAAAAUCUGCAAUGUGGUGAAGCAUCAAUAUUUGAAGCGCCAUGUGGCGAGGAACGACUGUACUUUAGGAGUAGUCAGUGUACAGUAUUGUAACUGGCGAC